AUGCGAAGGAGGGCGGAUUACCUCAGAUGGGUGGUCUACUUGCAGCUCGCCACCGCCGCCGCUCACCUCGCCGGCGCUGGAGCAGAAGAGUCCCGCCAUAAUAGCCUGGCCUUCCCUCUGAACAGGCUACGACAGUGGAGAGAGCAACAGGUGGGGAGAUCCCAUGGGAGAGAGCUCAAGCUCGAUCUCCCAACAGUCGCGGCCGGAAUCCUAUGCUUGGCCUCCGCCGCCGUCUCCAGCGCCGGCGGAGUCGGCGGCGGCGCCCUCUUCCUGCCCAUCCUCAACCUCGUGGCGGGCCUGGACCUGAAAACCGCCACGACCUUCUCCGCCUUCAUGGUCACCGGCGGCGCCGCCUCCAACGUCCUCUACAACGCCGUCUUCCGCAGCUCCACCUUCGGCGGUGGAAGGCCCGCCAUUGACUACGACAUCGCGCUGUUAUCGGAGCCGGCGAUGCUGCUGGGGGUCACCGCUGGCGUGGUUUGCCACGUGGUCUUCCCGGAGUGGCUGGUGAUGCUGAUGUUCGUGAGUCUGCUGGCGUGGUCUUCCCUCAAGACCUGCAGAGCGGGAGUGGCGGCGUGGAAGGCGGAGACGGCGGCGGCGAGAAGGGGGGGAUUCUGCGAGGUGGAGAGAGGGGAUGGAAAGGAAGAAGCUCUGCUGGUUGGAGUUGGAGGAGAAGGAGAGGAAGGGCUUGGUGGUCGAGGAACUCCUUCAUGGAAGAAGAUAGGGAAAUUGGCUGCGAUUUGGCUGGCUUUCCUUCUGCUUCAGUCUCUCAGAGGAGACAAGGCGAGCAAGGUACUCUCUCUCUCUCUCUCUCUCUCUCUCUCUCAAGGACACACAGCAGGCACAAGAUGCCAAAUACCAUCUGGUCUGGUGUGCAGAGCGUGACAGGAAUACGCCAGUGCGGGUUCGGGUACUGGUUCAUAACCUUAUCCCAAUUUCCUCUCGCGCUCCUCUUCACGGCGUGGAUUUUCUACGAGAACGGCUACCGCCAGCGGCGCUUUACCGGCGUGGAGGAACCCCUAAAGGUGAGCUCGCCGGAGAAAACUUCUCCCAUAUCGGCGUCUCCGUUAACACUUUCACUGCAGGAACCAGCGGGGGCAAGAACAACAGGGGCCGAGCGCCUGCCGAAGAUAAUCUUCCCGGUGGCGGCGCUGCUCGCCGGAGUUCUCGGCGGCCUCUUCGGGAUCGGCGGCGGGCUCCUCAUGAACCCCGUUCUACUCCACAUCGGAAUUCACCCCCAGGUCACGGCGGCGACCUCGUCCUUCAUGGUGCUCUUCUCGUCCUCCAUGUCGGCGGUGCAGUACCUGAUGCUGGGCAUGCAAGGGAAGGCGCAGGCGGCGGGGCUCGCCGCCGGCUGCUUCGUCGCCUCCCUUGCCGGGCUUGUCGUCGUCCAGCGAGCCGUCGGGAGGUUCGGCCGGGCGUCGCUCAUCAUCUUCUCAGUGAGCACCGUGAUGGUCUGCAGCAUGCUCUCCAUGGCCUGCUUCGGCGCGAUAGACGUCUGGGGGGAGCUCGCGGAGGGAGAGUCCAUGGGGUUCAAGCCCCUCUGCAAAGCUAACUAG